AUGGAGUUGCGAGAAUCUCACCGAGUUGAGAAAUGGAAUGGAAAUGAAACCGUCAGUCUUGGUGAUAUUGUAGUAGUCCACGAAGAAUCACGUCCCAGAGGACUUUGGAGAAUGGAGAUUAGGAAAGGUUAAAAGUUAAUCUCUGGAGCUGAUAGACAGACAAGAGGUAAGUAAAGUGUAGUAAAGGUGUUUUCAAAGAAAGGAAGAUCAACCACCAUAAAACGACCUGUUCAGCGACUCUACCCCUUGGAAAUCAGAUCUACAGCCAGAGAAAGUGAAUUACCUGUCGAAGCCAAGGAGGAUGACAAACCAGAAGUGACGAGAACAAGACCCAGGAGAGCAGUAGCGAUCGAAGCGGAUAACCGAAGAAAGAGAUGGAUCGAGGACCUUGAUUUAUGA